AUGGCUUCACCGAACAACAAUGGUGCAUAUGACCCCGUCACACCGUCGGAGGUCCGCACGCUCGUAGCUCAAGUAACCAGACAGAUCCGCCGACUCGACAUGCAAGCCGUGACGUUUCUGGUCGACUGGAUUCCCGCCAAUUUUCAAGACACACUUGUGUCCCGACUUCCGCCUUUCGACGGUGCCUUCCAAUCUCUCGACCAAGCCGCCGACCACCUCCAGACCCUCGUCGCCCGGGACAUCCUCCACGGGCAGUUGGGAACGUGGUCAAGUCUCUUCGAGUGCAUGAUGCAACAGAACAGCUUCCGCGAGCCGGACUCCACAACCCGCCCGCUCGUACCGCUGCUACGGCUGCAACACACCAUCGCGUGGAUCCUUCUCAGCGUCUCCGGGCCUGGGAGGGAGAUGGACUACGACGGCUUCCUGCCCCAGUUCCAACAUUGCGUCGGGAUUCUCCCUGUGCUCUUCAUAAUCGGGGCUAAGUGCCGGCACCCCGCGGUCCGACGCGAGGCUUUGGGCAUACUGCGACAGCAACCUAUGCGGGAGGCCGUUUGGGACAGCCUCGUUGCUGCGAAGGUGGUCGAGCGAAUCAUCGAGAUUGAAGAGGGCGGGCUGGGGGACGGUGAGAGGGCGCAGAGCAUGGGUAAAAUUGCGGCGUGGCAGAGGAUCGAGAUUUUCUCCUGGGUAAUACAAGUUAGAGGACGAUCAGCGGCCAGGGUGGACAUGGAGUACAGUUUCUGUGAGCGCGAGGGGGUGCAUGUCGAGUCUCAUGAGAUGGAGAUGGCAGACGAAAAGUCCCAACACGUCUGA